AUGAUGAGCAAUGACGGUUGUUUACUUUUCGUUAUGUUCAUUAUGAAAUUGUGCGAUGGUAAUAAACAAGAAGUAUCACUACCCAUCAGGAGGACCACUAAGCCAUUGGGACACUUGGAUUUGUUGGAAUGCGCGAUGCUCGAACCUGCCGAAUACGACAAGCAAUCAGCCAGAGGUUUAUGUCCGCCUCAACCCACGAAGAUUCUAAAGACAUUUGGAAUUAAACUGAAAAAAUUAUAUUUUGGAAAAUCUCCUUGGUUGAUGAGGAAAAAGAAAAAGGAAAAGCAAGACUGGUUAAUGAAAAAAAGAUUCAUAACGAAGACAGUAUUUUUGGGAAAACAAUCGUUUUACCAAUUGCGGUUGCAAAAUGUUGAUUUUGAUUUUGAGCUGAUCGAAGGAUUAUUUUUGAUAUUGGAAUGUCCAACAAGAAGAAAAGUAAAGGAACCAAACAUUGAAUGGUAUCUGGAUGGUUCACCAAUAAUUACUGAUUCUCGGUUGUCUUGGAGGGUCAAGCUCACACCACUGAAAUAUCUUCAGAUUUGGCCGCUAAUGGUAAUCCGAGAUGAGGGACGAUAUGAAUGUUUUAUUGAUGGCAAAUCAUAUGGAUCUGUCACUCUACAUAUCAUUACUGUAGCAGAAGGACUUAGCCGAGGCACGAUCAAUUACUUCAUAACAAUGAUGCUUUCCAUGCCAUUCGUUGCAUUUGCAAUUUUCUAUCGUUUGUUGCAUCCACAACGUGAAGCAAUAAUGUUGGAUAGUCCUAUAACUGAUUUCUACGAGAAAAUUUUGGAUCUUACAACAAAGGAGAUAAAGGUACUUCUCUUGUAUCAUUGGACUACUUAUAUCACUGAACGGUUUUCGUUAGCAGGGAAAAAUAUGAGAAAUAAUCGUGAUGUGGUGAUGACAAUUUUGAAUGUGGCUGAAAUAAAUCAACACAAAAAUUACAGUGCGAACAAACAGAAAAUGAAGUUCGGACGGCUAAAUCAUUUGAAAUUGUGA